UUCACUUCACCCCGUCCUCCCGACAGCGAUGCUCAUGCUGUCGAAAGCCAGGUUACGCUACUGUGACAACUACUAGCUUAUUAUGAAAGAAAGUGAAAAUUUACAAUAAGGCUAGUGUGUAAAGCUUCGACAUGUCUCAAGCCUCGUCUAGUUUUACGGACGACAGUCAAGAGAAUGUGGCCCAGCGUCCCCCCGUGAGUUUGGAUUACGUUCCAACAGAGGAGGAAACAAGGGUCUUUAAAGAAUGCAACCAAGAAAGUUUCUGGUACCGAUCCGCCCCAAUAUCAGUCAUAAGCAUGGCUGUCACUCAAGCCCUCGUCACUAGAGGAGCCCUCACAUCAUCAUCAAGGUUCGGAUCCCUGCCCAAAGUAGUAUUUGCUGGUAUAUGUGGAUAUUUAGGGGGUAAGGUAUCCUACAUGAAAACAUGUCAGGAGAAGUUUAAGAAUCUUCCAAAUUCCCCUCUUGGAGAAGCCAUCAGACAAAGACAGCGUCAUGUGCCAUUGCAGUUUCCCCAGGAUCAAUCUGAAUUUGUAGACCCCAAUAAGUCUACAUCUGAGCCAAUGUUCCAGACAGAACGCACUUCCCAGAGUGAUUUCAGUUACAGUGAACCAGAGGCCUCUUAUCAGUAUGAGGAGGAUCCAAAGAGACCGGAUGUCCGUUAUGAGGAGCUGCGCAGCAGAAACCGCGAGAACUAUGAGAGUACUUUGACACAGAGGGCUGAUGCUCUCCUCAAGCCCCCCUCAGGCAGUCCCACCGUAAAGAAGGAGGGUAAGAAAAACCUGUAUGGAGAUGACUGGGAAGAGUAACCAUCUACCUGUCCAGUGUGUUCAACAGAUAUCCUCUUUUUGUGUUCGAUGACAUUUACUCAACUGUCCUGUUCAUAUUUAUGCUAAAUACAUACAGUAUAUGUC